AUGCACGUUUAUCAACUGAACGAUCUGGGAAAUUUGCAGAAAGGCACCGGAGGAGACAAAGAAGCUGUAACUCGUCUAACCGCUCACUUUGAUGGAUGGAUUAAGGCUAUACAGCUUGCCUCCUCAACGUGCCCCUCUAAUAAAUACCGGAAUUGUCUUUACCCAUCAGGACAAACCUUUGUAGCCAAGGCAGAGCCUGCAGGACUAGGGCCGACUGUCCUCGUACUCCAUAACUCAUACUCCAACCCCCACACAUCGCGUCUACAGCCUCUCGACAGGGGUCGCCGGUUGGCUCAGGUUGUGCCCGUUUCGAAGAGUGUCUCCAGCAGAGCCGGCUUUGCGCUGAGACAUUUUGGCAUACUAAGUAAACCUACCCAGCGCAAGGGACGCCAAUUUUUUGUAAAAGCCAAUGAAUGCAUUUUUGUCAACUUACUCCUCUGGAAAAGAGUAAUAUGGGCAUUUCCAAGGGAAAAUGCAAGUCGGUCUUAUUGA